GAUACUCUAUAUGUUCGUGUAGUGCGUGUUGGACGGUGGUUGCUACUGCGCAUCAACACACUGCCGCCACCACGUACGGCCUUUUCUUUUGCUUCCAUCGUACCAUCUACAUCUCUCUCUAUAUUGCCUGUAAGCUAGAAGUAAAAGUUGUAGGUCAUCAUAAUAUAUAUUUAUAUUUUCUACAGGGAGACGCCGCUCCCUUUUCUCGUGUCCGCGGAGCAUCUAUCGAGUACGACUGUCGUAUUUCUGCUUGCAAUACAUCCGCGGUCGUGUACAAUUUCUAUCCUUUCCCCUCUCUAGCCGUUGAUCAAGCGGAUCUGGUGUGCCUCUCCGCAGCUGUAGUUUAUCUCCGCAGAGGUGCUACCCGGCUGUUGUUAGUGUCCGCUUGAUACAGAGGGCAUUUCACGACUGUCGUCGAUCAGACGUCUUUGUGUUAGCCUUUAGGCGUAGCUUAGCAGAGAAGUCAGCGUACAUCUAUUCUUUGUUUGUCUGUGUGUUUGUGCGUGUGUGUAUGUUGUUGUGACGUUAAGAGGAAUUAACGCCUCCUGGUCCGUUCUUUCGGCGCCUGUUGCUUCCACCUUACCGAUUUCCUACGCAUCUCUGACACGAUUUUGAUUCUCUUUUACAACCUUCUGAAGUGCCUUCUCUUUUUUGCUAACCGACUCACGCCUGCCUCGUCUGCAGCUGACCUGCUCUCUUCAACGCUGAUUGUCCUGUAUGUUUCUGUGCAGUAACCUAAGUUAAGUCACUAAUCACCUUCGAUAUUGAUUGAUUCUUGUUGUUCGCUACGCGGCCUUUUUCUCGGGCGCUGGUUUUUUUUGUUUUUCUGUCUUUGAGUUGCUGCCACGUAUUUGUUGUUGUCUCUCUUCCCUGCUCGUCCCCGCUUCGGUUUGCGCAUCUCGUAGAGAAACAGCAGGAGACGGCAAAUGAAUUCGGACGAUGCGCGGGAGAUGCUCGCGGGAUCGCUGGGUGGUGCCAGUGCCACGGUGAUCGAGUACCCUAUGGACACCAUCAAGGUGCGGCUGCAAGACGAUGGCAAGCGCUACGGUGGUGUGGUGAACUGCAUUCGCACCAUCGCCAAAGACGAGGGCGUCGUAAACGGCUUCUUCCGCGGACUGCCCGCGCCAGUGAUUGGUGCGGCGUGCGAAAACGCCAUUUUGUUCAUUUCCUACCGUUCCGUUCUGGAGGAGUUUCAGAAAGUGGCGUACAGCAAGUGCUACCCCUCCGAUCAGGAGCCGUAUCUCGCCGUCGGUGUCGCAGGGGCUGCGGGUGGCAUUGUCGUCUCGCAAGUGCUCACGCCGGCGGAGCUGAUCAAGUGCAAGAUGCAGAUUCAGAAUACGUUGCCUGUUGAGGAGCGAAUCUACAAAAACUCGCUAGACUGUGCAGCGGCCACGUAUCGCCGCCGCGGUGUGCGGGGCCUCUUCCGCGGUCACACCGCGAUGAUGAUCCGCGAGGGCGUGGGCUGCGGUUUCUAUUUCUUAGCGUUUCAGUCGGUUAUUCGCUGCUUUUUGCCGGAAGGCAAGAGCUUUCACGAGGCGUCGCCGUGGGUGCACUUUCUAGGAGGCGGCUGUGCCGGCGUAGCCUUCUGGACCUCCACCUAUCCCGUGGAUGCCGUGAAGACGAAGCAGCAAACGAUGAAGUCGGACUUCUUGAAGCUCAAUUUCCGCCAGGCGUGUGUGAGGCUUUACAAGACCGAAGGAAUGCGAGGGCUGUUUCGUGGUUACAGUGUGACGGCGAUUCGCGCCUUUCCUGGCAAUGCCGUGCUGAUCGCCGUGUACGAGCAGGUGAAUGCGCUAUGGGAGAUUUGA